GUAACUAAACAGUCUGGUCCCCUCACCAACUGCGCCUUUUCGUUUCAUGCUGGCGUUCAUCCUCCCAUAGUACACCCUUAAUCCAAAGCAUCCUGCAGCAGCCAUAAACAGGACCGCUGUAUUAAUCCAGUGUCCCAUUGUGAAGCCCAUAUCUGCUUCGUUCUUCGGCCAUUCCAACGGCCGCUGUCGAAUGCACGUUACUGCUCAACCAGGCCACAAGAGGCGGACUGCAAGAAAAAGUACCACUAGCACCGAUUAUGAGGCAUGCAUAGCGUGCUUGGUAGGCAUCAACGGGUAUGAGAGCCGAUACCAAGAAGCUGGAUGCCCCAAUCAAACUGAGGACUGCCGUAUGGAGAGCACGAGCAUCGAAAUGAUCCGCCGACCAAGCACUGAGGAUACAGACCACGUAUGCAACAGCGUUCGGUGGAAUUGUCAUCAGCUGCGCUUGUAUACCUUCAUAUCCCAGCUCUUUGGUAAUAGCCGGUAUGAACAGUGAGAGAGAGCUCAUGGGGACCGCCAUGCAAAAAUUCAGGGAAUAGUGGAUCCAAAGGCGCCAAUCAGUCAAUGUGGAUUUUGCGAUCUCCCAAGUCAACGCAGGCGCCGCUCCCUUUGAGCCAUCGUCCUUGAGACGGUCGACCGCGAGCUUGCUCUCAGCAGCCGACAGCCAUGAUGCGGAUUCUGGGUAGCUUGGUAGAACAAACCACACUGCGAACGCUGCAAGGCAGCACGGUAUGCCUUCGAGCAUGAAGAGCCAGCGCCAUGCCGCCAGGCCUCGAACAUUGUCCAUAUUGUCGACCAGAUGAUUGCCACGCGCACGGAACGCUCCCUCGAUUUGUACCAGAAAGUGAGAUAGUACACCAGUCCAGGGAACAAGCCGGCUUGGAACAUGCCGUUCAGGAAUCGAAGUGCCGUUACUGUGGCAUAGUUUUGCGCUCCACCGAGGCCAACAGUACAAGCCCCCCAUCCGAACAUCAGAAAGGCAAUCCAGCGCGACGGCCCUAGCUCUUUAAGGCAGUGGUUUGAGGGAACUUCGAAGACAGCGUAAGCAACCAGGAAAACCAUCAAUGCAACUUUGUAUUCAUGAUCAGUCAUGUGCGUUUGUUGGAGCAUUGAUCCUCCCUUGUUGGAGUCGAGCGUUUCGGCAUUCCC